GUCCCAGCGUCCGCCACAUUUCAGCCUCUUUCCUCUCGCGAUCUCAAGCUCACCGUUUCGUAUAUGGAAAGUGAUGAUGCGUGUUAGCAAGACUAUACAAUGGCUUACACGAUACUUGCCCGAUCGGAACUAGUAAGCCUAGUAUAAGGAUACUACAGAUCGCGGCUUUGACGACGAGAUCGAUUUUGCAGUUCAACAACUCCUUACAGCUUCAAUUCUGCUGAUUUCAUGUUCAAGAGAGCCCUCAAGAUGUCGCCUAUUGCAGCGAUCGGUCAGACCCGCUCCACAGCUUCCCCAGCCCGCAACCUCGCGCAAUGCCAAUCCCUCGUCAAAAAAGCCUCCUUAGCCGGUGCCUCGGCGCUCUUCCUCCCCGAAGCCUGCGACUACAUGGCCCCUGACACCGCCACAUCACUGUCACUUUGUCAACCCGUCGAGAAGUCCGAGUUCGUCCUGGGACUGCAAGCGUCUGCACGCGAGUACAACAUUGCCAUCAAUGUCGGUAUCCACGAGCCAGCCGAUGGCAAGAAAGUGAAAAAUACGCUCCUCUGGAUCGACGAGAAGGGCGCCAUCACGCAGCGGUACCAGAAACUGCAUCUUCUGGAAAUGGACAUCAAGAAUGGCGUGACUCUCAAGGAAGAGAACUCGGUAGAGCGUGGGGCAAAGAUCGUUGAUCCAUUUCCGACCGCGGUAGGGAUACUCGGACUGCAGAUUUGCUUCGAUAUGCGAUUCUCCGAGCCUGCGCUAGCGCUACGGGCUCGUGGCGCGCAGAUCCUGACCUAUCCGUCUGCGUUUACGGUACCUACGGGGAAGGCAGGGCAUUGGGAGAUUCUGUUGCGGGCGAGAGCGAUCGAGACGCAGAGCUAUGUUAUCGCGGCGGGGCAGGUGGGUGCGCACGACGACGAGGGGAAGAGGGAGAGCUAUGGGCAUUCGAUGAUUAUCGAUCCGUGGGGGAAGGUUAUCGCGAAGAUGGAUGGAGCAGAGAGUGAGGGGGGGAACGAGGAGGGCGAGAUUGCGUUCGCAGAAAUUGAUAUCGACUAUGUUGAGCAGAUUAGGCAGGAAAUCACCUUGAAGAGGAGGACGGAUGUGUAUCCUGACAUCAAGUGAGAACAGGUAGUGGUAUUAGAGUAACUCGUAAUACAUAAUGGUUGAGCUGGAGCAGGUCUUGGAUCUAG